UUUUUUACUCAACCCAACAUUGAAAUCGCGCAUCCCUUUAUCAGAAAAACACACAGCUCCCUUCCCACACAACCCCUCUCCUCCUCUUCGCAACUGUACAUAAUGACUUCUUGGCUUAGCAGUGUUGACAAUGCCAAACUACGCGAAUCUGUCGAAAAGUUAAUAGCAGCCUAUCCCGACAGUUUACAGGUCGUCCAAAACCUGAUAACCUAUUAUAACAACAAACUCGCGUCCGCCGCUGAUCGAUCAACAACAGAAGAGGAAGAACGCGAACGCAAAAAACCCAAGAUCGAUUCUUUACAAGACGACAUUAUAGCCACCGUUUCAGACAUUUCAUUUCAAUCGCCAGGACGGAGAAAGUUCAAUCUUUUGCUUACAUCAACACAAUUGGUGCUUAUAAACCCAAAGAACAAUGAAAGCGAGUUCAAGUUUGCCAUAAGCAAUAUUCAGUCAUGUUAUUGCGUGCCUAGUCCGGCGCCUGCCAAGGGUCAUACCUUUGCCCUUUUUUUCAACCAGCCAGACACGGAUCCAAUUGUUUUUGCAGUCCAGCAAAAGGGUGACAUGCUUAUUCAACGACCGGAUCAGAAACAGCAGCAGCCCGUAUCAGAAGACAACAAGCACACAGCCAUCAUGCAAUUGCUUCAAGAAUGUGGAUUACGGACGAUGAGUCCGUCUAAACAGGUGUAUCUAUCAACUGUUGUAUCGGCUACCACCGGUAAACGGCUCGAUGAAGAUCGAUUCUAUGCGAACGUGCAUUUGAAGAAUAAAGAGGGAUGCCUUUACUUCUUACCAGAAGGAAUCCUGUUCGGCUUCAAGAAACCAAUCGUUUUCUUUCCCUUAUCGUGUCUCGCCUCCACAUUUUAUAGCGGCAUCACACAGCAUACGUUCGAUCUGUCAUUAGUUUUGCGCAAGUCACGACGGCCACUUGGUUCGACAAUAACAGGCUUCAACAUCAAGGAUGACGAAGAGGCGACGGUAGAAUUCUCAAUGAUAGAACAGUCGGAAUAUGGCGGUAUCGAUGCAUAUAUAAAAAAGGUCGGAAUCAACGACAAGAGCAUGAGCGAAGAAAACAUGGCACCAGAAACAAAAGCACGAAUGGCUGCUGCUGCUGACUGCCAUGAUGAUGGAACGGCGGCCGCACCUGGAGACGACCAUAACCAGGAAGACGACGACGAGGAAGACGAUACCGACUUUCAACCGAGCGAUGGUGACGAUGAUCCACUUGAAUACGAUUCCGAUGCUGGGAGCUCACAAGAUGGUGUAGGUGUUGAGGACGAGGACGAAGAGAUGAUGGACGAAGAUGAUGACGAACACAAUGGCAACGCAAGCGAAGAUAUUGCAGAAGAAACCGGCGAAGACGAGAUAGACGGGUCACGGCUGACGAGCAACGCCAGCGAUCGAGACCUAGUCACUGAGGAGGACGAUGACGAUAGGGAUGGUGAGCAAGAUAUCACCAAGACCGACAAUGAAAGUGACGAAGAAGUAGAAGAAGAGUUCGCUGCAACCGAGGACGACGUAGAGGAGGAGGAAGGCGAUGAUGUAGGGAGUGAGAGUUUGGGGAGCAGUAGUGAAGACGACAUCGAUGAAGACAUGAGGGUUGCAAAGGCAGGACCUACAAUCUUACCUGAAGAUGCCAAGGACGAGCUUGAAGAUAGCGACUAGAACUCUUUCUUUUGAUUUUUCCUUCGUUUUAUUGUAAUUUAAUUGCCUGCACUCAACAAACAUAAAAGAUACCUGCAAAAAAGAGCUUCUUUACAGCACAGCUUUAUUGUCGCUGCGUGUGUGUGAAUCUGGAUGUGUGAGCUGUUUGUGUGUGUGACCCCACUCAACGCGGGAGAGUUGGAGAGGGGCCAG